CUAAGUAACAGCGCGCAAAAUGCAUAUGGUGUUACAGUUAUGCUAAAUGAAAUGAACUCCGGUGGUCUACAUUGCGUUGCUGAUUCAGAUAAUGCCUUAAAGCUAAAGAUAUCAUUCUCUGGAGGGAAAUGUUCGCAAGAGUGUUCUGAGGCCGAUGUUCUAACUGAAGUUACAAGUAGAAACCUAUAUACCGUGCUAAUCGAAAUUCACCAAAAUCUGGUCCGCAGAGAUCCACGUGGUAUCUUUGCCAACCCUGUAACUGACGAUAUUGCUAUUGGAUAUUCAGAGGUGAUUUCCAAGCCCAUGGAUCUUGGGACAAUAUACAACAGACUUAAGUCUCGGGCGUAUUAUCGAUCUGCUACAGAAUAUCUUGCUGAUGUCACAUUAAUGUGUAAUAAUGCAAUGAUUUAUAAUCCCCCGGAUACAAUUUAUUACCAACGUGCACGUAAACUGUUGGCAUUUUGUCGCAAACAAAUGACCGUUUCAUCGUUACAGAAAGCUUGUAAAGAUAUGCCUGGCGGAUUGACUUUAGAAGAAAUUGGCGAUUUAACAAGUGUGGAAGCUCAAAUGAAUCAGAUGAAUCGCGUGAACCCAUUCUACAGAUCUUCAAAAUUGCAUACUCACAGUCAAAAUGAACAAAGUGAUCAUAAAUUUUGCUUUUCGCCAAAACACCAUGAUGAUUCUAAUCGUAAUAUUCCACCGACUGUACAGCCACUUGUCAGUCAGUCUUUUCAAAAGCAUCGUGGUCGUCCCAAAUCUCAUUUGUCUACUUCCUCAAGGUUAUAUCAUAUAAAUCGAAAAGUUCUGAAAAGUUAUUCACAUUUCUCGUCAGAGGAACAUUUGUCUCAUGAUUCGAAAAAAAAGAAUGACAAUAAUAAUACGGAAAAGUGUAUCUCUACUGUAGAAUCUAAAAAGUCAUUCACCAGCGUUACAAGUUCAAAAGAAGUUCAACUAACUCAUCAAGACAACACAUCUAUUAGAUCGUCCGUCAAUACUCCUAUCUUAUCUGUUCCACAUAGACGUGGUCGAGGUAGACCAAGAAAAAUUAAAAUCGAUGAUAUUCAAACGUCUUCAGGAAGUUCAACUUUAAACAUCUCUACACAACUUCAAGACUCUUCAUUGAUUUCUUCAAAUUGUAUACCCAUAGAUGAGAAAAAGCAUUCUGAAAAUUCAUCCACACUAUCACAUGAUCAUUAUUCUCGCUCUAUGUGUGUAAAUAAUAGUUUUGAAAAUUCUAUAACUGGUCAUUCAAAUUUAUCUUUGGGAUCAACUCAAUCAGAAUAUGAAAAUCCUCUUACUGAAUCUGUAAUGAAAAUUGAAUCAAAUUCUCAAUAUACUCAAGAAUUUUUAAACAAUGAACCCAUUGUUUUAUUAAAUCUUGCACCAUCUACUCCAUCUUCAUCUCCAUUAUCUGGAUCUUCUUGUAAAACAUUCAUUGGUAAAACUUCAUUAGUUUCGAAAAAAUCCAAGAAACCACCUUCAGACGUCCAAUCAAAUAAAUCAUCUCAAUUUAAAAUGGAUCGAAAUAAAGAGAUGUUUCAUUAUCCUGAUAAAACAAGUAGCAUAAAUGAUGAAGACAGUGUUUACAACGAUAGUUGUGAUGAGAAUGUGGAAAGAUCAUAUCAUCAAGUAGUUGAUAAUAUUCCGAAUGAAAUUCUCAUUCAAGCUAAAAAAGCUGCUGAAGAGUCUGCUGCAAAAUUAAAGAGAAAAUAUGAAUUUAUUGCAAGUGUUGAAAACAACAAUGAAUACAUUGGACCGAAAAUUGUGUGUUUAAAUUGCUCAAACCAAGGUGAAAUCUCUGCAGUUGAAUGUCCCAAAGCACGUUCCUUCAUAAAUCAACAACAUCCAAAUCCUUCAGACUAUAACAAUGAAAACGUUAGCGAAAAUGAAGAAUCUUUAAAACCGAAACCUUAUUAUAAUGUAUCUUAUCCUCAAUUUUUGAUAGAUUUGUUAACAAAAUCCAAAUUAUUAAAUACUCAAAAAAUGGAUGAUCAUUUACCGAGUAAACAAAAUAAAAUUUUAGAUGAUUUAAACAAAUUAAAAUACAAUAUUGAUGAACCGAUAGCUGGUGCUAUUCAUGGACCAUUGGCUAUAUUUUCGGCAGCACAGUUAACACAACUCAGUGACGUUUAUGGUGGAGAUCCUAGUGUAAUUGAAUAUGCGAUUUCCUUACUUAAAUUUGUCCAGCCAAUGGGUCGAUGGGCUCGUCGUUGGGCCGCUAAACGACUGGAUGCUGCAACAGAUGGUUUACAUUCCCAAGCAUGUUAUACUUUAUCAUCUCAGCCUGCGCAUACAGUGAAACCAACCGUUGAUAAGGACAAGUCGGAUCUACUUCAGAAUUGGACUGACGUAGUGGAUAUAACGAUUGAUCCUCCCACUCCGAAAGUUGAUCAAAGUGAUGUAGAACAACUUGGACCUUGUUUAGUUGAUCUUCUCAAUCAGUGUGACACAGUUAUUUCAUGCACCAAUCAUACAAAUAAUUCAGUAUUAUCUACUAGCAAUGAAUCUGUGCCUUGUGUUCCUGAUGCAAACAUACCGUACGUUAAAAAAGACAAUUUAAACUCAGUCACUACUUCAUCUUUAUCAGGUUCCUUAGACAUACCAAUAUCAAUAAAUUCUUGUAGUGUAUCAUUCUGUAAUAAUGAUAUGUCAAAUUCUCAGUUAGUUUCUGAUUCUACUUUAAAUGUCGCAAAUAUUCCACAGCAAAACUCUUCAACUGGAGGAGUAGAUAAUGAAAUCGAUGAUGUUAUAAUUUGUGAAUCGGUCCCAUCACCCAUUGCAAUCCAAACUCCUAAUGGUGGUGUUAUUUUGCCACAGUAUGAUACUCAGCAGUCAGAACAACUCCCAUUAAUUGCUACUAAACUUCCAGAAGAUGAAAUAAUCAUCACUGAUGAAUGUGCUUCUUCAUCUGUAAAAUCUACGGAUUACGUAGUCCCUUCUAAUACUCUCAGUCUAAAUGAACAUGAAUUGGAUUCCGUUGAUCAUAUAAAUAGUGAGCAGACAUCAGAAAUCUCAACCGACAGUUCAAAUUCACUUUUAAAAACUGCACUCAGUGGUUCUUCAUUUUCACUUAAUACUUCACAUGAUCGCAUAAAUGUACAAAGUAAAGGAACUAUGGAUGGAUUGGAAGACGGUUUUGGAAAUCUAUCUUCAAGUGCUGAUUGUUCAACUACAAUGUCAACACACAGUUUGUUUUUGGACUCACAUCUUAUUACACAUAAAGAAUUACCUGUUAAUGUCUCACAUCUAGAAAAUCAGAUUGUUGUCAGUCAUUGUAACCCAAUAUCAUCACAUUGUUCUGAAACAACAGAUUCACUAACUGACCCUGUGGUACAAAACUCGUAUGGAGAAAUAUAUGCUGAUAAUCAUGUAGAUAUUAAUGCUAACUCUGCAAUUCCUAAUACUGUUGAAAGUUCUCACUCACUCACCUUAUCAAACUCAAUGUUAUUAGAUAAUACCUGUGAAACUAAUGAACAAGUGACACCUAAUAAUAAUGUAUCAUCAGUAUCUUGACUUGAAUUGUUACUUCUUCUUCUUCUUACUACUACUACUACUACUACUACUUUCUUUCUGUACAUAUUAUUGCAUGAAUAACUAUGAACAACACCUUAUUCGAAAGUUAUGGAUUCAUAUCACUUUCAUAUUUGAAAUUUAUGUUGAUUGUUUAAUCAUUAUUAUCAUCAUUAUCCUAUAUAGUAUGUUAGAAACUGUUAUUCUUCAUAACUAACUCUACAUUAAUCUAUUAUAAUUAUUAUAAUCACUUAGUUUGUAAAUAUUUUCUUAAUCAAAAGGUUUAUCACUAUUGUAUUAUUCAUAGUUUUAUGUUCACUAAAUUCUUUUCUUUGUAAAUGCCUUCGUAUAGUUAAAUAUUGAUUACAUGAGAUACUAUCAUUUAUGGUACCUGUUUAUGUAAUGUCAAUAAUGGUUAGCAAAGAAAAUAAUUAAGAAAAUACUUCAUAUUUCUGUGAUUGUUUUGUAAAUUUCUAUAUUGUUCUAGUAGUAUAGUAGGGCAGUGAAUAUCUUUGAAUUGUUGGCAAAUUAACCAACGAAAGUUUUUUUUUAAUUAUUUUAGCAUGUAAUUUAUGUACUUCCUGUUCAAAAUACAAAGCAAAGCGAUUCGUUUUUCAAAUUUUGUUGGGAUGGAUUGCUAAUCCAUUGGGGUUUCCUCGCAUGUGUUCGAAUCCCAU